AAUGAUAAUGGCAAAUACAAUCACUGUUAUCAUGAUUAAUAAUUCUAGUAAUUCCGAAAAUGCAAAAUUAAAUCCACUCCAUAUGUGAAAUAAAAAAAUGGGACGGGAAAUUUAUAACAUCCGUCAUAGAUCGAUCUAACCACUUCUAUUCAAUAACUCCGUAUAUAUAACUAACUAAUAUUUAAAGGUUAAAAAUGGUGAAAUCUGUUUAUAUCCCGAACUAAACCUUUGACACCGGAGAUUUACCUAAUUGAGCGACUGAACCGAAAAUCUAAAUUUCAUCGCUAAUUUAAAGUAACUAUGCGCGGUUUUGGGUGGAGCAUGGUUAGCAAGCUCUAAUUAGGGGAAAAUGAAAAACUUAUACUAUAAAUAUCAAUUGAUUCGUGUCAUUUCUUUCCUUGAUUUUGAGUUUUCAUAUCAUCAAUUAACUCAAUUGAACUACUACUACACAAUCCAUACAAAUGUCUGAUAUUAAACCUGUCGAAUUAACUGGAAAUUUCGGUUUCGGUACCAUGUCCAUGACUUGGAAACCAGUUCCUCCUCCAACUGAACAAUCAUUAGAAUCACUUAGAUUUAUCACUUCCCAUAAAGAAUUCGGUACUAAUUUACUUAAUGGUGGUGAAUUCUAUGGUCCAAACGAUAUCAAUUUAAAAUUAUUAAAGGAAUUUGUUGAUUCUAACUCUGAUGAAGUUAAUCAAAAAUUAAUUAUUUCCAUUAAAGGUGCCAUUGAUAUGACAACUUUUAGUCCAAAUGGUUCUAAAGAAUUCAUUACUAAAUCAAUUGAAAAUAUUAUAAGCUAUUUCCCUUCUGAUAAAUCAAAAAGACCUAAAUUGAUCUUUGAAAUUGCUAGAGUUGAUCAUAAAGUUCCAUACGAAGAAACUAUUGGUUAUAUUGCUGAAUUCGUUAAAGCAGGCAAAAUUGAUGGUAUUUCUCUUUCUGAAGUUGGUAUUGAAUCCAUCAAAAAGGCUGAAGCUGCUUUCCCAAUCUCAUGUGUCGAAAUUGAAUUAUCUUUAUUAGCUUUAGAUAUCUUUGAAAAUGGUAUUUUAGAAGAAGUUUCCAAACACAACAUUCCAAUCAUUGCUUAUUCUCCAUUAUGUCGUGGUGUCUUAACUGAUCUGGCUGCUGAAUCCGCAGACUUCUUAAAAGAUAUUCCACAAGGUGAUAUGAGACAUCAUUUUGAAAAAUUCUACCCUGAAAAUUUCCAACAAAAUAUCAAAAGAGUUCAUGCUUUAUAUAAAUUCGCUCAUGAAGUGAAACACACCAGUUUAGAAUCAUUAUCAUUAUCAUGGUUCGUUAAGAUUUCAGGAUUAAAGGAAUAUAGAGGUGUUAAGAACAUUACUAAGAUCUUAGCCAUCCCAUCUGGUUCUACUAAAGCUAAGAUUGAAAGUAAUUUCGGUAGUAUUGUUGAAUUAUCAGAUGAAGAUUUAGCUGCUAUUGAUAAAAUCAUUGAUGAAAAUCCAGUAGUUGGUGGAAGAUACAACAAACAAGCUGCAGCCCACUUAAAUGGUUAAGCUGUUUACUCUUUUUAUAUAGCGAUUUUUAGAAUUUCAGUAUAUAUGUAAUCCUUUUAGUUCAUAAUCAAUUACAAUUACAAUUACAAUUUCAAAUAUACGUUGUUCUGCGGGGAAUCAUCGAAUGUUUCAGUCAAUGGUUAGGGCAAAAAAGCUCCAUUGUAAUUAUGUCGCUAAUCUUUAACCAUUU